AUGGACGACAAUCGACUGCUGAGGCAUUAUCGCUCAACAGAGUUCGGCUGGAAGCAGCUGGUCUACAAUUAUUUGCUAACUGAUAGGUACUUCAGAACAUUAUUUCACUUUGGACCACAAUGCGGUGCUUUAACGGCGAUUACGUGCCUUCUUAUUGGUCUCGUUUUCGUGUACACAAUAACCAGCUGGUGCAUCUUCCUGAUGAACCUCGACAAGUUCAACGAGCUCAACAGCGAGUCCGCAAAGAAGCUGCCCCGUAAGCAGAGCGUGUUGCAGGUGAAGCCGGCGUACAAUUGCAUAAACAAGCACCUGCAGCAGACGGACAUUUUCCUCGACAAAACGAGCAAAGUUGUGCGCAAGGAGCAGUUGGAAGUUGAGCUGCUCAACAGUCGAAUCGACUGUGUAAACGAGUUACUCAAUCCUGGGGACAAGUCGCAGUGGAGCUUCACCAGACCGCCAAGAGGAUACUUUCGUGACAUAAACACGCCGUCGACGUUGUAA